CAAUAUUUUAUCUUGCUGAUCAUCACGGAUGGAGAGAUCACUGAUCUGGACCAAACCAGGCAAGCGAUUGUUAAUGCCUCCAAGCUGCCGAUGUCCAUCAUUAUUGUUGGCGUUGGGGAAGCUGAUUUCAAAGCAAUGGAGUUCCUUGACGGGGACGAUGGUGUCCUGAAGUCCCUGGCAGGAGAGCCAGCUGCACGAGACAUCGUCCAAUUUGUGCCUUUCCGACAGUUCAAAAACGCUCCCCGGGAAGCGCUUUCGCAGAUGGUUCUGGCCGAAGUACCGAAGCAGCUGGUGUCGUACUACAAAUUGCAGGGAUGGCCACCUCUGAAACCACCGGAGAUCAAGGCGCUGUAGGUUGCAGCCUGACCCUGGCCACCUGUAUCCAUGGG